ACACUAUAUAUAGAUUUCUUACAUUAUCUAAGCCUCAAUUACUUCAUCAAGCAUGGGAAAAUUUGUCACAUCCUCCAUAGUAACAACAUUGUUACUACUAGAGAUAUUCGCACUCGCAGCUCGUGCCCAGCUGCAGACGAAUUUCUACGCGAAAACAUGCCCGAACGCCGAGAAAAUCGUGCAAGACUACGUCCACAAGCACAUCCCAAACGCCCCUUCCCUCGCGGCCGCCCUUAUUAGAAUGCAUUUCCACGAUUGCUUCGUCAGGGGGUGUGAUGCCUCGGUGCUGUUGAACGUGACAUCGAGCACCGGGAACCAAACAGAGCGAGUUGCAAUUCCAAACAGGACGCUCCGGGGAUUCGGCUUCAUUGAUGGGGUGAAGUCCCUGCUUGAAGCCGAAUGCCCCGGGGUCGUCUCUUGCGCUGACGUCAUUGCGUUGGUCGCACGAGACUCGGUCGUGGCCACGGGAGGUCCCUCCUGGAAUGUUCCAACAGGGCGUAGGGAUGGAGUGAUAUCAAAUGCUUCAGAAGCAUUGCAACAAAUUCCAGCUCCAACAAGCAACUUCACUACUCUCCAGAAUGAUUUUGCUGCCAAGGGCCUUGAUCUUAAGGAUCUCGUUUUGUUGUCCGGUGCUCAUACUAUCGGAAUUUCCCACUGCACCUCGUUCGACAACCGCUUGUACAAUUUCACGGGCGUGCUCGGGACGCAAGAUCCGGCCCUAGACAGCGAGUACGCGGCCAAUUUGAAAGCCAACAAGUGCAAGUUCCUUAACUCGACCGUUAAAGUCGAGAUGGACCCGGGGAGUUUCCGGACCUUCGACCUAAGUUACUAUAGGCUCGUGCUCAAGCGGAGAGGUUUGUUCCAAUCCGAUGCAGCGUUGUUGACGGAUUCAAGGACGAAAUCGUUUAUCACUCAGAUCGUGGACGGGUCCCUAAAGAACUUUUACGAGGAAUUCGCGGCAUCGAUGGAGAAAAUGGGGAGAGUCGGAGUUAAGACGGGGAGUGUUGGUGAGAUUCGGAGACAUUGUGCAGUUGUUAAUUCUUGAUUUUUACUAUGUGUUUUGGGCAGUUUUCUUUUUAAAUUAUUUUGUGAUUGUGUGAUUAAUUAGUUUGUGUUUUUCAUCUAUGUUUAUUGUGUGAAAUCGAGAGUUUGAUGUUGCUUCGUGCCAUGUAAAGUGAGAUUCUUGAUCUCUUUGAUUAAGUAAAGUUGAUUGUUGAUUAAUUACAAUUAUAUGCUAUGUUUAUGGCA